GUAGCAAGUUUUCGUGUUUGAAUGCGGCAGACAUUGAGUUUGUGUUGCGUUUCAUUGUUACUUUAGUGUAAUAAUAUUAUGUAUAAAUAGGUUAAACAUGAGUGUUUACAUUUGUUCAUGAUGAAAGACAGAAUAUUUCAGUGAAAAUGUUUCGCUGUAUUCCUCUAUUUAAGAGCUGCAACCGUCAAGUAGAAUGUAUCGACAAAAGGCACUGCAGUUUGGCGAACGUCCCCGACGACGUUUUGCGUUAUUCUCGAACUUUAGAAGAACUAAUGUUGGAUUCAAAUCACAUCAGAGAUCUGCCAAAGGGUCUUUUUCGUCUGGUGAAACUUCGUCGUCUAAGUUUAAGUGACAAUGAAAUCGGCCAACUUCCUUCAGACAUAGCGAGCUUGAUAAAUUUAGUUGAAUUUGAUAUCAGUAAAAAUGAUGUUCAAGAUAUACCUGAAAAUAUCAAAUUUUUAAAAUCACUGCAAAAUGCUGAUAUUAGUAGCAAUCCAUUAUCAAAAUUACCUGCUGGUUUUGUACAGCUGAAAAAUCUAACAGUUCUUGGUUUAAAUGACAUUUCCAUACCAGAGUUGCCAAAUGAUUUUGGAAAUCUAUCAAAUCUGCAAUCCUUAGAGCUAAGAGAGAAUUUUUUAAGGACACUGCCCCGAUCAUUUGCCAAUUUAAAGAAAUUAGAAAGGUUGGACUUAGGAAGUAACGAAAUAGCAGAUCUGCCUUCUUUAAUUGGUGAUUUAUCAAGUCUUCAAGAACUUUGGCUUGAUUGUAAUGAACUUUCCACUCUACCUCCGGAAAUAGAACAUCUGAAAAAGUUGACUUGUCUAGAUGUCAGUGAAAAUCGUUUGGAGUUUCUGCCUGAAGAAAUUGGAGGAUUGGAAAGCCUUACAGAUUUGCAUUUGUCUCAGAAUUGCCUGAAAUCUCUGCCUGAAGGAAUUGGAAAAUUAUCAAAACUUACGAUAUUCAAGGUUGAUCAAAAUCGGCUAGAAUCUCUGACCUCUGAAAUUGGAAAUUGUGAGUCCCUACAAGAACUUAUUUUAACUGAGAAUUUCAUUCCUGAACUGCCUUCAUCAAUUGGAAAUUUAGUGAACCUUACCAAUUUGAACCUUGAUAGAAAUAGACUAUCUGAAAUACCAUCUCAUAUUGGGAACUUGACCAGAUUAGGUGUGCUGUCUUUAAGAGAAAAUUAUUUAAAUUUUUUACCAGAAGAAACAGGGAUGCUGAAAGAGUUGCAUGUUUUGGAUGUUUCUGGGAACAGGCUACAGUAUUUGCCCAUAACUAUAACUGCUUUGAAUUUAAAGGCUUUAUGGCUGGCUGAAAAUCAGUCACAGCCUAUGUUAAAGUUUCAAACAGAUGUUGAAAAAAGUGGAGCAAAAGUUCUUACAUGUUUUUUAUUACCACAGCAGGAAUAUCAUCCUGAUAGCAUGGAAAAUUUGCUUCGAGAUAGUGGUGAACAAGAUAGCCGUCUUAGUUGGGAUCCAAAACUAGACAGAACUUCAUCUGUAAAAUUUGCAGAGGAAGAAAAAGACCUUGAUGAAGAAAAAGAGACUCAGUUUGUGCGGCAUGACACGCCUCAUCCUAGAGAGUUAAAAGCUAGGCACAAUAAGUUGCUUGUAAGCAAGUCUAAAAGCAUUGAUGGUCAUGUAUUAGCCCAUGAAGAGAAGGGAAAUGAAGUAGUUGACAGUUUUAGACCUCAAAGGUCCAGUAUUACGUCAGUAACUUCAUCCAGCUCUGAGACUUCAGCAACUCAAUUCAAAGAUGCUGUUCAGAGCUUAGCAGACAUUCCUGAUUCUGAUGAUCUCCCUGAGACAGAUCAAAUGCCCGAGGAAAAUUCUGCAGAUGUUGAAAACCGUCCUUUAUAUCGAGCUCAGACUAGAGAAGAUCUGUUGGAUGAAGAAUCUGCUGGGGAUAGUUCUGAUCAGGAUGCUGAGAAGCAUGUGGGAUUCGAUGCAGAUGUGGAUGAGCAGUCUGACCGGCCCAACAAGUUGCAUCGUCGAGAUACUCCGCACCAUCUUAAGAACAAAAGAAUAAAUAUUGUUGACUCUCAAAAGGACCAAGAAAAAGUUCUUGCUAUAUUAGCACAAGCAGAAAAAAAAGAUAUCCCUUGUGAAUCAGCAUCCCAGAAGUCACUGCCUCUGAUACCUAAUGAUUUAGAUUCAAAGAAGGAUCUACAGCAGCCAUCAGUAAAUGGUAUCAUGAAAUCUGCCAACUCUUCAGAAUUGGAAAAAGAAAUCAUUAUAAGAAAAACUAAUUCAGGAUUAGGUUUGAGUAUUGCUGGUGGUUUUGGAUCAACUCCAUAUAAAGGCACAGAUGAAGGCAUUUUUGUUUCUAAAGUUAUUCCUGGUGGUCCGGCUGAAGCUGCUGGUCUAAAGAUUGGUGAUAAAAUACUCUCUGUAAAUAAUAAAUUAUUGGAAGCUGUUACUCAUCUUGACGCAGUAGAUGCUUUAAAAACAGCUGGUGAUACCAUGUAUAUGCUAAUCAGAAGAGAACCAGAUAUUGUUCAUGAUGUGUCCUUAGAGUCAAAUGUACAUAUAGAUAUGAUAGAAAAUGGAAAUGGUAUUGUUUCUGAGCAUAUUGUUCCAAAUGGAGAUGAGUCUACCAAAGAAGUCAUUCAAAACUUAAAUGAACUUUCAGUGUGUGAUUCAGAGCAAACUAUGCAACCCACAAAUGUGCAACCAAACAAAACACUAGUGCAAAAUGAAAGCUGUGAUUCUUUUCCAAAUACUCAGAAAGAGGCAUCUAUGAAAAACAAACUGAAUCUUACUAUCGAUAUUCCCAAAGAUGAGGAACCUGCUUCUGUUAAAAAUGAACCUGUGUUACUUGAAAAUAAAAAUGCAGCAGAAGAAUAUGAUAUUAAAUUUGAGAUUCUACAUACCACUCUAAUAAGGGAACAAAAUGGCCUUGGCUUAAGUAUCUCUUCUGGCAAAGAAGGUGUUGAAUCAGAUGGCAUUUACAUUGCUAAAAUUUCUGACACUGGUGCAGCUGCAAAGGAUGGCAAGCUGAAAGUUGGGGACAAGGUCCUCACGAUAAAUGGUGUCGAUAUGGAUGGAGCACGGCAAGAUCAAGCAGUGUCGCUUCUCAGUGGUUUAGAUAGAUUUGUACGCUUAGUUGUCCAACGCCAAAAGCUUGUUCCUAGAGACCCCAAUACUCCACAUCUGCCUGAAAAGUCUGCACUCUCCUUGUCGUCUUCUUCCUUGCUUGCUCAAAAAUCUCCAAAACUCAUUGGCCUUCCAAGGCCUUACACUCCCAAGUUCUAUUCGUCGGGAUCCUACAUGGCAAACAGGCCUUCCUACAUGGGUUCCUACCGACGACCAGAGCUGACUUCAGAUUCUGCGACUCAGCCCACGUUCUCUGUCUACACCAAACUCCCAGGGUUGAGGAACGACCCAAUUGAACUUGAGAGCUUAACCUCGAACAGAACACCUGUGGUCAAUUCAUUGCAGUGCAAUAAUACCGGUGUUAACAAAACAGAAAGCACAGAAAAGGAGGUUCCUAGUGCCUUCUCUAAAAGCAAUUGUGUGAAUCACGUGAAUUCUGUGGGGGAAACUGAGGUAGUGAGUCUGGUAAAAGCUGGAGGACCUUUGGGUCUCAGCAUUAUUGGGGGUGUGGAUCAUGCAUGUCAUCCCUUUGGUGCUGGGGAACCUGGUAUUUUUAUUUCCAAGAUCGUCCCAGAAGGUGCAGCAGCCAUGACUAAAAAACUAAAAGUUGGUGAUAGACUUUUAAAGGUUAAUGGUGCUGAAGUGUGCAAAGCUUCUCAUAAAGAUGCUGUGAUGGCUCUUUUAGCUCCCACUUAUGAAAUGACCUUGACCGUCCGCCAUGAUCCCCUACCUCGAGGCUGGCAGGAAAUAGUGAUUGCAAAGCAUUCAAAUGAAAAAUUAGGCAUGGGCAUCAAAGGAGGUGUCGGUGGACAACCUGGAAACCCAAGCGAUAAAGAUGACGAAGGCAUUUUCAUUUCUUGGAUCAACAGUGACGGUGCAGCGGGGUCAGAUGGAAGGUUGAGCCAUGGAAUGCGAAUUGUUGAAGUUAAUGGUAUUUCAUUACUUGGUGCUACCUACCAAGAAGCAAUAACAGCGUUACGCACAGCAUGUGAUUCAGUGCGGCUCAUUGUGUGCGAUGGCUACAAUGUGACUGAAACUAGAGAGGCGAACGGUGAUGACUCUGAACCAAUAAAAAUGUCUUUCUCCUCAUCUUCUAUUGAUAAAGAAGAUGAGAUGAUGAAUGUUUUCAGACAGGAGGCUGAAGUUUUAAAGGAAACUGCUCAGUGGGAAAAAGAACAUCAAGAAAAAUUAGUGCAGCAUAGAGAGAAAACAGAAGUUAGCAGUGAAGAACCAAUACAAACUACUUGCAAUUCUAAUUUUGGAAUAGAGAAUAAAAAGUUCUUAAGUACAGAAGAUUUAGAUGAAGAUUUAGACCAAAUCAUGUUCAGCACUCCCUUAAAGGAAGUCAUGGGUUCGCAUCAUGAGGAGCCUAGGAAUGACAUGCCUUCACCAAUUCAUAUGAAUUCUGAAGACAUUGACAUGUCUGCUAGUACAGAUGAAUCUAUGGUGGACCCUAUUCAAAGAGCAAAACUUCCCGGUGCAAAACCUGUUCUUCCAAAAAUGUCCAAGGUCCCGAUUCCACACAUAGCAGAUCCUGAGCAGCUUACUUUUAGCGAAAAGAAAAAACGCUUUGAAUUGGUCACAAAAAAGCCAGACAUUGAAGCUGGAGAAACGAAACAGUUCAGUUAUUUUACACCAGUAGAACUGGAAAGAAUGAAAGAAGAAGAAGAAAGAAAACUUGCUUCUAUGACAGAAGAAGAAUUAAAGAGUUAUACUCUUCAAGAUGAAGAAGAGGAAUUGAUCAGUCCUGAAUCAGAGGAUGCUCCUGUUAUGCCGUCAAUAGUUGCUUCAAACCAAUUAAUAACAAAAAAUAAUAACACCCUCCCAGAACAAUUCAGUAAAAUUCCUGUUCGGACAGCUAAGGCUGAGAAGAGAAUGAAAGAAAGGAUGAAUCUUGAUACCGAAGAAGAAGAAAGUAACCUUACCCCAGCCCAACAGAGAGCUUUGCAUGCAGCUAAACGAGCAGCCUGGAGACAAGCAAGGUUGAAGUCAUUAGAAGAAGAUGCUUUGAAAGCUCAAGUAGUAAUAGCUAAAGCUCGAGAAAUGUCUGAAGCAAGAUCAUAUGAAGAAAUCGAUGGCCAUGUUGAUGAUGGAAUGAAUAAUUCUGCAUAGUUUGGAGUAAUUGAUGCAGAUAUCUUGAGGUGCUGUGAUUUUUUUAUAGUGUAAUGGAUAUAGUAGCUUUUUGGGCUUACAGACUGUUCUCCAUCCAAUUUUCAUUUUGUCUUGAACAUUCAAUAUUUUAGUUUUGCUUUCUAUGACUAGAAAUUGUAAUCUAUCCGGUUUGUGGCUUUUUCAUUUUGUUUAUCCUCAUGAAUCUUGAGCUUAAUCCAUCAUUGUAAUCUGUUUUGGACAACUCAUUGGAUUGAAUAGUCAAGAGGAUUUUACGUAUAUCAUUCCACUCUGCAAUUCAUCUUCCGAGAAAUGCCUGUGUUAAGAUUAUCUUGAUACUUCACAUUUGUUUGGAAGUAAUCUUAAUGGUAUAAAUACUGAAAAAUGUAAGAAAACAGCAAAUCAAAAGUUGCAAUGUGUGAAUCUUGUAGUGGAAAAUGUACAUAUGUUUUAUAUAUAAAUACUAAAUUAUUUAUUUGAUGGAAAAAAUUUCUCUCUCGCACACAAAAUUUGUGUUAGUUAUUUAGUUGUCUUAAAUUGCAUUUACAAAAUGAACAGUCCUUAGGUUUUAAAAUACUAUGUAAAGCAAUAAGUGCCACAUUCCUUUUUUCAUAUGAUUUUGUUAUAACUUUAACAGAAGAAAGAAAUAAUUAUUUUAAUAGGUGUUUCUGUACUUAACACAUUUUAUUCCAAAAAAAAAAAAAAAAAACUAAAAUGUGCAAUUAUUUGAGAGGCAAAAUGUCUGUCCAAGAUGGAAACAUUUGUACAAUGUACACAUAUCAAUAUUUAAAUGCAUUUUAAGAUAAGUUAUUUUUAUGGGUACAUUUACAGGGAAUCUUGUUUUUUAAAUCAUGAUGACUAACUAUUUAUAAACUGUUUGUUUCCUGUAAAUAGUUAUCUUUACCAGUGAACAAAUAAUACAUCAAUAUACAAUAAGAUUUAAUCAUGGUAGGUUUGCAGCUAUUUGUGUAAUAUGUUUUUAAUUUAAACUUUGCUGACUAAUAACACACAUGCAGUUGAAUCUCAUUAACAUGUAGUUAGUACCAUUUUAGUAAAUGUUUUGUAGCAUGAGCAAUUUAGCAUCUCUUCACAAUGGCAUUAUAUAGCAUCAUUUCCAGAUUUUCAUUUUUAACCUGAUUUCAAAUUCUAUGAACAAAUCUUCUUUUACCUUAGUAUGUCAGGAUACGGGGUAAAUGUUUGACUGGUCUCAAUAAUUUUAAUACUAUUAAUAUUUUUAAUUUUUAUUUAUGACCAGCAAACAGCACCUAUAGUCCUACAAAUCCUAUAGCAAAAUCACAUUGUACUGUUACAUUGAACAAAUGUUAUUUCAGAAGCAAUAUUUUUUACUAUUUUUUCAAUGCUGAGUAAUUUUUCACAAGACCGCAACUUAUUUUUUUUUCAAUGGUUUUGAGGAAGAAUGGAGAAAUUAACUUGUUUCUUCUCCUAAUGUAAGUUCUUUUAGUUCAUAAUUACGUAUAGUUUUUUUUUUUUUUUUUUGUCAUUAAAAAAAAUUAUUUUCCAGAACCAUGAUGCAGAAGGCCAACACUGUACCACCAUGGCACCUUGCUGACUAGUUUAAUUUAGUUCAAAGGAAUGAAAUAUUGAAAAAAUCUUUCAAAAUAUGUAUAUCAUUCAUUCGUAUUGUUUAUAUUUAUUUCACUGUAAUACUUAUCCUCAGUAAUACCAACUGCUGUAACUGGUAAAUAUACUUUCAAAAAAUAAUAAUUAUUAUUGUGCUAAGAAAAUAACUACAAGUGUAACGAUGAUGCGUUGUAAGUUUUGUAAACAUUGAGUUCUAAUUAAGAGAAAUAUUUUCUAACAUUUUAAAUCAUGUGUACUUAAAUACUUAGUGUAAAUGCACCAACCAAAAAGUAGAAUGUAGAAUUCUUCAAACACUAAAGCCAUUCAUUUCAAUGUUACCUUAAAAACAUCAUUUAUUUUUAACUUUUUCAAUUUGAAAAUUGAUUUUGAAUACAUAAAAUCUUAUUCGUAAAGUAAUUUCACUUCAAAUCUGUUAAUAUUGCAAUUACCUGAAAAUAUAUUAGUAAGUUUUCGGUGCUUAAAAAGCAAGGAAAACUUUUGCUGCCAAAAAAAAAAAAAAUGAUUGUGUUAAAAUAUUUUAAGUUUUUUUUAAAUGAUUUUUCAAAAUUUACUUCAUAUAUUUAUGUUCCAAUAAUUACCUGUCCAGCAUUUUUAGAAUCUAGAACUGCAGGUUGAUCGUGGUACGUACUCAUAUUCAUUUGACUUUCUGGGUUUACCUUUGGUUUUGUCAUAGGUCAGUGGUUUUCAAACUUUUCAUGUCGUGUCCCCCUUUUUCAGCAGUUAAACAGCUUGUGAUCUCAAAGAGAAUCACAACCCAUAGUUUGAAUACCAUUGUCAUAGAUCAUGGAAACCAAUUAUUUAGUUUAUAAAUGGUUGAAGGUUAUAAGUAAACCAGCAGUUGCUAGUCAUAGUAUUAUAAGUUUUUAUAUUUAAGUUCAAAUAUAUUUUUUAACAUUGAACUUUUUUCAAAUUGUUAUAGGUGGGUUUAUGUGCCAAAACAAAUUUUUCUUUUGCAUAUGAGUGUAUGGUAUUGAAAAAGCUUUGCAGUGUACUAAUUUCAAACAUUACUUUAUUGCUUUUCCUGCUGCAUUUAGUUUGCAAAAAUAACCUGUAAACUUGGCAAAUAUAUUUUGUGUUUUGAAAUUUCUCUUUGGUUUAUUCUUUACAAGCAUUUUGAGACCUUGCUUUAUUUUGUGCCUUGCUUAGUUUGACCAUUUUUGUUCUUCACAGGUAAGAAAAGGAGUUAGGAACAUUAAUUUUUAAGCAUCAGAUGUUAAAUUUUUGCUAAGAAACAUCCAUCUUGUAACCAGUGUUUUUAUUUAUCCACAUUGAUUAUUACUUUGUUUAUGUUUAUUUUUGUUACAAAAUUUUGUUGUCUUUAACCAUUUAGUUGGAAAAUUUUGAUUUGUUUCAGAGAAUUUGAUAAAUACCAAACGAGUCAUAACAAGCUAAAAGCUAGUUAUGACUAGCUCAACUAUGCUAAAAACUUGUUUCAACUAUUUUGUGUUUUUUAAACUGUUCUAAGAAAACUGUAUCAAUCCAAAAUAGAGCUAAUGAAUUUCUGUACAAUUAACAUUAUUUUCAAGCAAACUAUUCCAUCCACAUUAAUUAUAAAUGAAAUUAUUUAUUUUUACUUAUGUGUUAGAUAGUAGGUAAUGACUACAAUGUAGUCUCAAGUAUCAACAUGUUUAAAGUAUUAGAUGAAAGGAAUACUCGGAUUUUUCUCCUAAAAGCUAAAUAUUGAUGGGGUAAUUUAUAUGUGAUUGAAUUAUUGCUGCCAGGACACUUAGUUGAACUCUGCCAUUAUUGAUGUUAACUUUAUUAAGUUCUAUUUAAGGUGUAAAUAAUUUUUAAGCUUCAUAGCUUUCAUGAGCAAAUUUAGAACUUUUUAAAUAUUUUGAAGAAAUUAAAAUUAUUCUUGUUGACCAUUUUGAUAGGAAAGUUCUGAUUAAAGUUGCAUGUAAUUGCAUUGACUGCCAAUGAUUUUGAUAAAGGAAUUUUAUUCAAUGGGAAUUUAUUAAUUAUUUUACAGUUAUACACUUGUAGAGCAUUUGAAUUUCAUAAUAUUUUUCCAUUACUGAAUGUAUGUGUAAUUCUUACAAAAGUAUUGUUGCUUUACUAUAUCCAGUUCAAUCAAGUAUUAUUUCUUUUAUUAAAAAACUAGGCAUAUGUUUUUGAAUUCUAUACUCGCCUGUAACUGCUACUUUUCCCAAAUUCUUUAAUUUAUUCUGGACACAAAUUAUGGUUUGAUGUAUCUGUAAUUAAAUUGAAAAUUUUGUAAAUACUCAUGCAUAUGAGAAAAGAUAUCUCUUAUUUUGUUAAGUUUUGUCAUAUGUUCAACUUCAAUGUCAUGUCAUAAUUUUUCUUUCAAAAAAUAUCUUGUAGUUUAAACUUUUCAUGCGGAGUAGUUUUGGCGUUACUAGACAGUUAAGAUUUGGCACUUAAAAGCACUUUCUUAUAGCAAUAUUCUGUUUUUUAUCAGGUGUGACGAAACUUUCUGAUGAAGUCGUUAAGUAUUACAUUUUAAAAUUUUAUCCAUAUGUAACAUUUAUAUUGUUGAAAAUAUCUUUCUUGAUUUUGAGAAAUGUCUAAAUAUUAAAAAGUAAAACAGCAUUUAUUUUUUUUAAUUUUGACAUGUAAAUAAAAUAUUUAUUCGUUAUGUGGAGGGAAUGAAUUUACUCCCAGCAUUUUAUUUUUUUUUUCUAAAUGUACACGCCUAUGAAAUGCAUUUGAAUUUUCAUGCCAUAGUCACAGA